AUGGCCGUCGACACGAGCUAUUUGACCACCCAGGUCAACAACAUCGUCCACCAGCUCCAUGGCCUCUUCGACGAGAUUGGCGUGCCAAAUCAUGAGCGCGACUCCAGGGAAUCAGAGCUCUUCGCAGCUUUGUCUGAUACCCUAAACGAACAUCUCAAACGAGUCAAUAGUGAGAAGGAGGAUAUGAUUGAUGAAGCAAAGCAUCUCAUUACAACGAUUAAACAAAUGGAAGCAUCUCUUGAUGACAGCGCAUAUGGUUCGCGGCGCGCUUCUGAUGACCCAGACCUUUGCAUUACACUCCCACUCAACCAUUGCCUCGCGUUUCUCAAGGAAAAACAUGCUGCUGUUAGCAAACUUCACCGUGAACGUUUUGAGCAAGUGAAAAAACUUGUGGAAGCUCUAGAGUCAUAUUCAUCCCAUCUAGAGUCAAGUUUCGUUAAAAUACCUCUCCCACCAACUGCUCCAGGAACUUCUAUCCCUCCGUCUUUCGACUUAUCUGCCGUGUAUGUGAAUGCUCUAGACAACGAGUUUGCCCGCGUGUACGAGGAGUACAAUCGCCGGCUGGUUACAGUUAGCACUGUUUGCGAGGAAAUAAUUAAAUUGUGGGCGGAGCUUGGUACACCCCAAGCACAAACUGACUCAACAAUUGUGCAACAUUAUAAAAAUUCCCCUGAGCAACUUGGUUUGCAUGAGUCAGACCUCGUCUCAUUGCGGAUGAAACGAGAAAAACUUCUCGACGAAAAGAAAGGAAGGGAGCGAAAAAUAAAGGAGCUGAGGGGGACAGUAGAAUCCUUGUGGGAGCGAUUGGGCGUUGAAGAAUGUGACCAGAAAGCCUUCCUCGCAGCCAAUCGUGGAUGUGGACUCCGCACCAUCAACGAAUUUGAGCAGGAGCUUUCGCGCCUUACUGAGCUCAAACGACAGAAUUUGCAUUUGUUCGUUGAAGAUGCACGCUGUCGGUUACAGGAGCUGUGGGAUAGUCUUUACUACUCAGAGGAGGAAAUGCUAGACUUCACCCCUGCAUUCUCAGAUGUUUACAGUGAUGCUUUGCUUUCUGCGCACGAAGGCGAGAUCGCUCGUCUUGAAGCUCUGAAGGAACAGCGCACUCCAGUUCUACAGCUAAUUGAUAAGCAUCGUUCACUUGUUGGAGACCGCGAUGCACUUGCAGCUUCCAGCCAAGAUGCUUCAAGGCUUAUGGCUCGGGGUACCGGCAGUCAACGACGGGACCCAACGAGACUGCUGAGAGAAGAAAAAAUGAGAAAGAGAAUAGCAAAGGAACUACCGAAGGUAGAAGCUGAACUUCGAAGGUUAUUGGAGGACUGGGAAGACGAGUAUGGCAGGCCAUUCCUCGUUCACGGCGAAAGAUACCUAGAUGAAUUAUCUCCUCCCCCGCAGAAAAUACCUCCUCGGGCUAAAACUCCCUGUGGAGCUCCGACGAGACCAGCCUCACGAGCUGCCACCACUAUUCGCGGAGGUGGCACCAUUCGUGGACAGCCCGCGCAGCCCUCUGCAUCUAAAACACCGGGCAGUACGGGAACAUUGAAACGCAGCGCAACCACCAACAGCAGCACCGGCAAUCGCCCGAGAUCUCCAUCCAAGAUUCCUGGCCGUGUUCCCCUUAGUACUAUGCCAUAUGGUAGCAAUUCUCCAGAUUGCCGGCAAGACACAGAUAAAUAUUCAUCCAGCACCCUUCGUGGGAAAAUGGGCCCACCUCGUGCACCCCCACCGAAGAUGAGAGAGCUCUUUUCGGCACCAAGGAGUGAAACUCCCCAGCCUGCUGCUUAUCCCGGGCUAGGCCGUAGCCGAAGUGUUAUGUCUUCUGUGCCCAGCAGCAAGGUAAGGCCGGUAAGUCCGGAGGAUAGUUACGACGAUCGCCAACGCUCUUUCAUGAGCUCUUCAUUAUCACACUAUAGACCAAUAUCUGAGCAGUCAUUCCAGUCGUCGUUCACAAGCCACGAGGACAUCAGCAAUUAUCAAUUCCAGACGAAAGCUGCAGCGAAUCAACAGUAUCAUAUGUCGGAUCCAGCGCAACGGCAAAUAUCAAACUCUACAAUCAAUACGGUGACUUCUGGGUCAGAGAACUGGGAAACAUAUGACGAUGUUUCCGAACCCGAAAUUGAUGCAUCUGAAGCCUUUUAUGCAAAAGUGAGAGCCGUUCAAGGUAAAAAAGUAGGUGGUGAAGCCCAUCUGACGUACCUCGGGAAACCACAAGGUAUUAGAGGGGUGGGCUCUGAUGAUGAUUUGGCCCAAGACAGUUUCCAUGUGAAACGAGUUGGUGGGAGCGAUGGUUGGACGGAUGACUUGGAAACAUAUUGA